AUGGGUGGUGACCUCAACUUGAAGAAGUCAUGGCAUCCGGCGCUUAUGACCAACCAGCGCCGGGUGUACAACGAGGAACUCAAGGCACUGGAAGAGCGCAAGAAAACCGACCAGGUGCUGAAGGAACGUGCGGAAGAGCGAGCGAUUCAAGAACUUGAACGGCUUCAGGAAGCAGCUGGUGGCAGGAAGAGAGUUGACCGUGUGGACUGGAUGUACAAUGGCCCGGGGUCGGGAGGUCCAGGUGCGGGUGGCGUCACCGAGGAGAUGGAGGGCUACUUGCUGGGGAAGAGAAAGUUGGACGGGCUCGUGAAGAGGAAUGAAGGAGAGGCACUGAAGAAAGAUGCCGGCGAGGAGGGAUUCAUGGCGCUGAACUCGAAUGCGAACUCUGCGAGGGAUACUAUGGCCAAGGUCUCGAACGACCCCAUGCUGGCCAUCAAGAAGCAGGAGCAAGCCGCAUACGAGGCCAUGAUGAAUGAUCCCACGAAGAGAAGACAAUUGAUGGCGGCUGCUGGGAAGGAUGUUGAAGAUGAUCGUGACAAGGACAAGGACAGGAAGCACAAGCAUCGUCACAGGCAUCGACAUCGGGAUGAGGAUGGCCAUCGAAGCAAACGUCGAAGACACAGUGACGAGUACGAUGACGAGCGGCGAUCCCACAGACAUCGCUCGCACAGGCACCGAAGGCGAUCACCUUCCGAUUCCACGUCGCGGUCGAGAUCAAGAUCUCCGCACUCACCACGACGGGAUGAGCGUGAGCGGGACGACCGACGUGACAGAAGGCGUGACUACAGCGUGUCUCGGUCUCGUACUCCUCCUAGACGGCGUGACGAGGAUGACCGCAAAGAUCGCCGUAGGUCCUAUCCGAGCCCACGGCGCUCAGACUCACGCUCGCGGUCACCCUAUCAAUCCAGGAGAGACGAUCGGUCUUCUCGGCGUGAUGAGCGGCGGAGACGGUCGCCUUCAUACUCACGUGGUCGCAACGAGAAGCCUUACGUGUCUCCUCCAGAAGAUGGCAAAAACGAGGCGGAUGAGGAGGCUGAGCGAGCGAGAAAGCUUGCGGCCAUGCAGUCGAACGCUUCGGACUUGGAGACUGAUCGCAAGGCUCGACUCACAGCCCUGGAAGAGCGCGAGGCGAGACAGCGCGAGGAAGAUGACCGAAAACGUUCUGACAAGGGGAAGUUCAUUGGCGGUGUGAGAAGAGACGCCGAAGGAGUGGAUCUUGGUAGGAGAUUGGCAGAUCGACCUCGAGGCAGGGCGGAUGAUGACUGA